UUGACGUGUCGCUCGGUUUGUGAUCACUUGCCUCCGCUCCACCAUCUGUUUACAAAACGCCGGUGAUCCUCAUGAACUGAUAGCCAGCGAGGCAAAAAAAAAGUUAAUAUUGAGGGGUUAACAUUGUUGAUCUCUGAUGCCAAUAAGAGACUCAUUUCGGCUUGGUGGGGGGUGAGGGGGUAUUUUCAUCCCACGCUCGGCGCUUUGCCCGAACUCAUUCUGAAAGGGAUCGGCGCCAGGAGUCGUUGGCCGCUGGGCCGCGUUGCCACUAGUAACGGGCGAUGCCAUCCGGGGUCAGGGACGGGUGACCCGGAAGCCGACGCCGCCGCCGCGCUCUGUGCGACAGACAGACCGACCACCGUCAGUCAGAGGGAAGGAAGGAAGGAAGAUGGUGGACUGUUGUUGGAAGUGGCUCGGCCUUUAUCUGCUCCUCGCCGCCUCCCUCCUGCACUGGUGCGCGGCGGCCGAGAAGGUGGCGCUGGUGGACGUCUUGCUGAUGGAUGCGCAGCGGGGCUGGUCGGCCGAGUUCGGCUUCAAGUCGGGCAGCAACUACCGGCUGCAGGGGACGGUGCUGGCGCCUGGCAGCGGCCAAGGUAACGAGGGGCUGUGCGCCUUUCCCAAACAUAACCCGGACAGCUUAGAAGGAAGCUUAAUAUUAGUUAAAGAUGAACCACUGGACAUUCAGCCAAACAAGGGAGAGAAAUGGAUCGGAGUAGUUUCUGUUGAUGAAGACCAGGUUGAAAAAAAAGGAAGCAGCAAGCAGGAAUGGUUUGCUGCUGCAGUUAUUAAUAAGAUGAAAAGAGCACUUGUUCUAGGAGCAUCAGCCCUGUUCAUUUUAGUUUUGAAUCAAAAUGCCUUCACCGAGAUGGACAUCUCUGAAGUACUUUCUAAACCUGUAGUUGUAAUGCAGAGCUCCGAAAAUGUGACUAAACUUCUGGGAGCCUUGUUAAGUGGGCUUCGUGCAUCUGCCAAAAUAACUUUUAAAAGCAUAAUGCAGAAUGAUCUGGGAGCAACAUUAACGCUGUGGUCAACCUGUGGCCGUUCACGAGGUGGGCUGUAUGGGGAAUGGCAGGGAGUGAUUUGUACAGGAGAGAACAGCUCUCAGGUUCAGAAAUAUCUGCAUCAGCUGUGGAACACUGUUCUACUGGUGGGCUUAAUCCUGUGUACUGGAGUCAUUGUACAGGCCCAGUGGCAAUAUAGACACUACGAAUCUAGUUCUGAAGAAUUGGAGAUGAACUUAAAACAACAAGUUUUAAAGCAGCUAUCGGCAAUGAAAACUAGAAAAUAUUUUCCAAAUAAAAGACACAAAACACAGUUACAAGAGCAUGAAAGUUGUGCGGUGUGCUUGGAAGAAUUCCACAAAAAUCAGUGUUUACGUGUGUUGCCUUGUCUACACGAGUUUCACAGGGACUGUGUUGAUCCUUGGUUGCUACUUCAACAGACUUGCCCCCUGUGUAAGCGGAAUGUAUUUGGUGAUCCAUGUGGCAACAGCUGACUUUAUUCUUCGUUCAAGAGAAGGAAAAGCAUGAAGCUACCUUGACUCCGUUUAUGUAAAUGAUACAAGACUUUUUACAUUGCACUUUAUUUGUAUUAUUCUGCACACCCAAUUACAUUUGUGGGAAUCAAGUCAACGCUUGAAUUUAAAAUUUCAGAGCAAGGUAUUUCCUGUAAUCAUGUUUGGAAUUCUUGGUUUAUUGACUGGCACAAACAUGAUGUGAAGUAUACCGGCUAUAAUAAAUCUGUGAGGCUAAGUGAACUGUUUUGGGUUAUUCAGGAAAUUUGAGUAAGUGUAUAUUUUGCGUUUUGUGGUAAAACAUUUAACGGGACUGAAAAUCUUCAAUGGCUUGCAAUUUAUUUAUGCUAAAACUAGUGAUACUCAAUCUGCCCUUUAUUUUGUGUAUUUAUUCUUGUAGUUAUUUUCAUAUUGCAAAAAAAGCAUAGCUGAAAUGUACUUAGUAUUAUUACUACUUCUGACCUAGGAAUCAUCUGUGCGUAAUGAUGGAAAUGGUGGGUGAAAAAUAACAGUCUACCUGUGUUCCUUACAAUUAAAUGAUGGGACACAUAUGCACCUGGAACUCUAAAACCAUCCAAAGCUUUUCAACUGUUAGUAGUUUGUAGUGGAACUUUGUGGUUCAACUGAGUGCUGGAGGAACUCUGCGGGUCAGGCAGCAUCUGUGGAGAGAAUAGACGGGCAACAUUUUGGAUUGGGACUUAUGGAAGGGUACUGACCGAAAGUUUUGCCUGUCCAUUCCCUCCCCAGGUGCUGCCUGACCCGCUGAGUUCCACCAGCACUUGCUGAAGAGUCCAUCACUUGCAGUUCCUUGCACAUCCAUUAAUCAUUUCACUGUAGGUGUGCCCAAGUAUUAAUUCUAAAUAACUAGUUUAGUUUCCCCAUUAAAUAUUGUAUUCUUAAUUUGCAAUCUUCAAGAAAAAUCAAAUUACUGAAAAGCUUGUAGUUCUUAUCCAAACCUUAAAUGUUAUCAUCCAAAAUUUUGUUUGCUGAUCUUCCUCGUGAGAAUACACAGCAUUUUACUGCUGUAAAGUGAUCAGUUGCUGGUAUUGUACAAAUCCAAGGAGAGAGCUGGCUGUACGACCUUUCUUACCUGCAUUCAAAAAUAGGUUCCCUGCCCCAGAGCUGCACCCAACAGCUGAUAAAAUGGAGGUUCCAAAUCUGCCCAACUGUUUUCCAGAAAAGUUAAAGGGUUCAGUUAUAUUAAAAGCAUGAAUUUUGAUUAGAAAAUACUAAGGAUCAAAUUCGCAAAAUGUGCAUUUUGCAGUGCAUUGCAUUCUAAUGUGCGAGGACAAGCCGAGAACUGCGAUCACACUGUUAAUUUUUUUUUUUUGUUACUUAAAAAUAUACUUGUAUCUGAAGCAUUCAGGGUUUCUCAAUACAUUGUAUGUUUGUUCUGCCUGUAGUUUUCUCCCACUUGCACAAUUGGUGUGAUGCACUGCUGAUUCUCCACAUUUUUCAUAUCCUUAAUAUUUUGUGGUACGCUACUCUCCAACCCACCAUAAUGCAGUUGGGAGACCAGAGAAGAAUUGCUUAACGUAUCACAACCCUUAUCACAAACUUAGGGUUUAGAUCAUUUAAAUGAUUUUUAGUGGAAUAGAUGAGAUUGAAUUGAAGUUCAAAUAUUUAAUGUCAAAAGGCAUGGAUAAUAUGGCAAAGUAUAGGAAUACAGACUCAGUAGGUAAACACUGAAGAGCAUAAGUGAUUAUGUGUAGGGAAGAACUGCAGAUGCUGGUUUAAAUCGAAGGUAGACACAAAAUGCUGGAGUAACUCAGCGGGAUAGGCAGUGUCUCUGGAGAGAAGGAAUGGGUGACAUUUCUGGUUAAGACCCUUCUUCAGACUGACGUUUAUUGAUUGUUGAUUUCAUUUAAAAAUUCAAUACAAAUACCACCAAGUGAAUUAAAAGGAUGAUAACUGCCAUCUAUCAGUUCUCGUUCUUGUCUCGUAAUAUUUUGCUGUCUUUACAUUUAUAUUCUUCCUUUUCAAAUUUAUGUUAAGUUAAAGAUACAGCGCAGAAACAGGCUCUUCGGCCCACUGGGUCCGUGCUGUUCAGCGAUCCCUGUACACUAGCACAAUUUACAGUUCUUACCAAAGCCAAAUUAACCUACAAACCUGCAAAUCCUUGGAGUGUUGGAGAAACCGGAGCACCCAGGGAAAACCCACAUGGUCACGGUGAGAACAUAGAAACUCCGUAAAGACAACACCCUUAUACAGGAUCAAACCUGGGUCUCUGACGCAGUAAGGCAGGAACUCUACCGCUGCGCCACCAUGCAGUGAAAUAUUUACCAAGUUCACAAUUAAGAGAUGUCAUGAAGAUAAUGCAUGACUAGGCCUAUGUUUUGAGUCUAUCACCUGCAGGUAGUUUCCAAUGUUUUUAAAGCAGAGAUGUCUGAAUGGCAAAUGGGUGUCAGGCACCAAACCCUUAGACUCAACACGGGAUCACCGCAAAGCCACCUGGCCACGUCUGCUUUCCAUCCUUGUUGAUCAGACAUUUAUUGAAAUGCAGUUAACUAAAAUCAUCAUGAAUAAAUUAAAAUGCAAAAAAAUAAUUUAAUAAUGCACUGAAUGAACUGUGGAGCAGCAGGUUACACUGUUGCCUCAUGGCUCCACAGAUCUGGGUUCCAUCCUGAUCUUGGGGUUCUGUUUGUGUGUUCUCCCGGUGAACAGGAGUUUUUGUCAUCUCCCAUAUAUCAAGAACAUGCUGGUUGGUAAAGGGGCAAUGUACGGUUCCCUCCAUAAUGUUUGGGACAAAGACCUGCCAUUUAUUUAUUUGCCUCUGUCCUCCACAAUUUGAGAUUUGUAAUAGAAACAAAUCACAUGUGGUUAAAGUGCAUAUUGUCAGAUUUUAAUAAAGGCCAUUUUUAUACAUUUUUGUUUCACCAUGUAGAAAUUACAGCAGUGUUUAUACAUAGUCCCUCCAUUUCAGGGCUGCAUAAUGUUUGGGACACACCAAUGUCAUGUAAAUGAAAGUAGUCAUGUUUAGUAUUUUAUUGCAUAUCCUUUGUAUGCAGUGACAGCUUGAAGUCUGCGAUUCAUGGACAUCACCAGUUGCUGGGUGUCUUCUCCGGUGAUGCUCUGCCAGGCCUGUAUUGCAGCCAUCUUUAGCGAAUGCUUGAUUUGGGGGCUAGUCCCCUUCAGUUUUCUCUUCAGCAUAUAAAAGGCAUGCUCAAUUGGGUUCCGAUCGGGUGACUGACUUGGCCACUCAAGAGUUGACCAUUUUUUAGCUUUGUAAAACUCCUUUGUUGCUUUAGCAGUAUGUUUGGGAUCAUUGUCUUGCUGUAGAAUGAACUGCUGGCCGAUGCGUUUUGAGGCAUUUGUUUGAACUUGAGAGGAUAAGAUGUGUCUAUACACUUCAGAAUUCAUUAUGCUACUACCAUCAGCAGUUGUAGCAGCAAUGAAGAUAAGUGAGCCAGUACCUUCAGCAGCCAUACAUGUAUUUCUGUUCAUGAAGUCUUCUGCAGAGAGUGGUCAUUGACAAAUCCACAUCUGACUCCUGAAGAGUGUUUCUGAUCUGUCGGACAGGUGUUUGGGGAUUUUUUAUUAUAGAGAGAAUUCUUCUGUCAUCAGCUGUGGAGGUCUUCCUUGGCCUGCCAGUCCCUUUGCGAUUAGUAAGUUCACCAGUGCUCUCUUUCUUCUUAAUGAUGUUCCAAACAGUUGAUUUUGGUCAGACUAAGGUUUGGCAGACGUCUCGAUAACAGUUUUAUUCUUGUUUCUCAUUCUCAUAAUGGCUUCUUUGACUUUCAUUGCCACAACUUUCGUCCUCAUGUUGACAAUUAGUAAUAAAAGUUUCCAAAGGUGUUGGAAAGACUAGGUGCCGAGAGCUCUCUCAUAUCUGCAUUAAGGAGGCAAUUAAACACACCUGAGCAAUUACAAAUGCCUGUGAAGCCACGUGUGCCAAACAUUAUGGUGCCCUGAAAUGAGGGGACUAUGCAUAAACACAGCUGUAAUUUCUACAUGGUGCAACCAAAAUGUAUAAAAAAAGCCUUUAAUAAAAUCUGACAAUGUGCACUUUGCCCACAUGUAAUUUUUCCUAUUACAAAUCUCAAAUUGUGGAGUACAGAGGCAAAUAAAUAAAUGAAGGGUCUUUGUCCCAAACAUUAUGGAGAGCACUGGUGUGCAAUAUGCAAUAUGGAUAUGCAAUAAAUUGCCCCAGUGUCAUUGGUUAGACGGAGAAUUGGGGAGGUUAGUUAAUGGGGAUGAAGGAGGCAAAAUGGGAUUAGUGCAGGGUUGAGGUGGAUGAGUGAUGGAUGGUCGGUCCAGACAUAGUGAGCCAAAAGGCUGGUUUCCAUGCUGUACGGCUCGAUGACAUUAACAUGCAUUAAAACGAAGAAGAAAUACCCCAAAUGUUCGAUUGUCCUAUUCCGUCCAGAUUUGGAAAAUCUCAUUCAGUUGCAUGAGACUGAAGAUAUGUCAGUUUUUACUACAGGUAGUAUGAAGCUGAGGGAGCAGAUACAAACACUCUUCAGGUGGAAACUUGCAGAGCUGCCAGUAGCUUAGUGCUGAGACCAUGGGUACAACAGGGAUGUCAGAUCAACCAUCAAAAGUAAGCAAAGUGUUCACAUGUACUGUACAAUAGUUCCCCAUGUGUGCUUCAGCCCAUUGUAUCUGCAUCAAUAGCCAUUGUGCAUGGAGAUAUAGCCAUAGAUUGUAUGAUUUUCUUUGUUGGAUUUAUAGAAAUCAAUAGAUGGUGCUUGAUUAUAGACCCUGAAAACAAUUCAUAAUUUUACAAAGCUCCAUCAGAUCAUCACAAGAACAGUCACUAGAUUUUGCACCUUUCUCGGAAAAUGUUUUAUUUGUGGUACUGCGCUGCUGACUAUUUGUGUUAUCGCCUUCAUGUCUUUGAUAUUCUUCAAAAUGUCCCUGCUCUGUGUAAUAGCCUAAAAUAAAGUUUCUUCUUUACCUUUU